AUGGCUCAAGCAUUUACAAACGUCAAGGAAUUGCCACCAGACCCACUUUUUGGUCUCAAGGCCCGGUUCGUCAAGGACCCCCGCUCAGAUAAAGUGGACUUGGGCAUUGGUGCCUACAGAGACAACAACGGCAAGCCCUGGAUCUUGCCCGCAGUCAAGCAAGCCGAGCAGAAGUUGAUCAAUUCGCCCGAGUACAACCACGAGUACUUGUCGAUUAGCGGAUACGAGCCUUUUUACUCGAGCGCCGCCAAGGUCUUGUUGGGCGACGACUCGCGCGCAAUCAACCCCGCGAGACUUGUUUCGCAGCAAACGUUAUCAGGCACGGGUGCAUUGCAUAUCGCAGGUGUGUUUUUAAACAAGUUUUACACCGGCUAUCCAGAUGCCUCGAAAGAGCCUCCCACCAUCUAUUUAUCCGCGCCCACCUGGGCCAACCACAAGCAAGUGUUUGAGUCGUUGGGGUUGAUUGUUAAGACGUACCCUUACUGGAACAGCGCCACCAAGUCGUUGGACUUGCAAGGGUAUUUAACUGCUAUAAGAAACGCCAAGCAAGGCUCGAUUUUCCUUUUACAUGCGUGUGCCCAUAACCCAACUGGAUUGGACCCAACUCCGCAACAAUGGGACCAGAUUUUGAAAGAAUUGGACGCCAAGCAGCAUUUCAUCUUGUUUGAUUCCGCGUACCAGGGCUUUGCCAGUGGCGACUUGGAAAAGGACGCUUAUCCUAUACGCCGAGCAAUCAAUGACCAAUUGAUCACUCAGGCACCCAUCAUAAUAUGUCAGUCUUUUGCCAAGAAUGUCGGCAUGUAUGGUGAAAGAGUUGGUGCCAUUCACGUGGUUUUGCCCAAUGAUGACCCCGUUUUCGCUAGAGCAGUUAAAUCGCAAUUGAACUUGAUUAUCCGUUGCGAAAUCUCCAACCCGCCAGCUUAUGGGUCCAAGAUUGUUUCGACAAUUUUGCAGGACCCUGCUUUGUACAAGCAAUGGAGACAAGAUUUGAAGACAAUGAGUUCAAGAAUUAUCAAAAUGAGACAAGCCUUAAGACAGAAGUUGGAGGCGUUGGGCACUCCAGGUAAAUGGAACCACAUUACCGACCAAACGGGAAUGUUUUCGUUUACUGGGUUAACCGCAAAGCAAGUGGAAAGGUUGGAAAAGAAGCACGGUGUUUACUUGGUCAGCAGUGGAAGAGCUUCAGUUGCAGGGUUGAAUGAUCAUAAUGUCGAUAAAGUGGCCCAUGCAAUUGACGAAGUUGUGAGAAAUGUCGAUGCCAAGUUGUGA